GGACAAAAUGGCUAAAGAGCAUAUUAAAGUAAGCUACUUGAUUGUUUGUCUUAAAAUCAUAUACUUGAUUGGUUUUGCGACCUCAUAAUUCACUCAAUAGUUAUUAUAUUUCAUUUGUAUGCAUAAAGCUGCCUUGUUUUAAUAUUCAUGAUUGGUAUAUGCUCCACUCAAGUUAGACAUAUUCCGUCACUGCAAAAUGUCUGUACCACUUUGAGUAUGAAUAUCGUCUGUCCAAUUCGUGAUUACCUGUCUGUUUUAUUUUAAUGCACGUGCACGUGGAGAAGCAAUUCGAAUGACUUUUGUAGCGGCUGGAAUCGAGUAUGAAGACGAAAGGAUAUCAUUUGAUAACUGGCCUAAGAUCAAGCCAUCGAUACCUGGAGGACGUCUGCCUGUAGUGAAGAUCACUGAGAAAGAUGGGAAAGAAAAAUGGUUAUCAGAGAGUUUGGCCAUUGCACGUUUCUUUGCGAAGAAGAAUGGUAUGAUGGGUAGCACGGACGACGAGUACUAUAGUGUUGAGAAGCUAAUCGGUCAGGUUCAAGAUUGGAAAAGUCCCCAUCUUCUAAAUAAUAUCUGUGAAUCGCUAAAGGAAUCGAAAGGCAAAUUAGCUGUGGGUGACCAAGUGACUUUGGCUGAUUUGGUAUUGAUUGCAGCCAUCGAUCACGUGACUGACUUGGACAAAGGAUUCAUGAACGGUAAAUAUCCUGAGAUUCACAAACACCGAGAGAAUCUCCUGAAGAUUUCACCGAAAUUGGCUAAGUAUUUAUCAGAAAGGCCUGCAACUGCAUUCUGA